UCCAUCCUCCCGCCCCGCAGAAGCCACACCCUAGGCCACGCCCCGGUCUCCUCGCCACGCCCCCUGUGGGCGAGCCCCCACUGCGCCGCCCUUAGUACCUAGCUUUGCAGUGGUCUGAGCAGGCUGAAAGGAGUCAUCAUGGCAGCGGCGUUCCGCAGAGGCUGCGGGGUCUUAAGAAGUCUUUCUCAUUUUGAGUGGCGAGCACAACACACGAAAGUGUCUCUCAAGAAGGAGCCGGGAUUAGGGUUUAGUUUUGAGUUGUCUGAACAGCAGAAAGAAUUCCAAGCAACCGCUCGAAAGUUUGCCAGAGAGGAAAUCAUCCCAGUGGCGGCAGAAUACGACAGAACCGGUGAAUACCCAUUCCCCCUCAUUAAAAGAGCCUGGGAACUUGGUUUGAUCAAUGCACACAUUCCGGAGAACUGUGGUGGUCUUGGACUGGGAACUUUCGAUGCGUGUUUAAUUACCGAAGAGCUGGCGUACGGGUGCACAGGGGUGCAAACUGCUAUUGAGGCGAAUUCUUUGGGGCAAAUGCCUGUGAUUCUUGCUGGAAAUGAGCAACAAAAGAAGAAGUACCUGGGGAGGAUGACUGAGGAGCCAAUAAUGUGUGCCUACUGUGUUACAGAGCCCUCAGCAGGCUCUGACGUGGCGGGCAUUAAGACCAGAGCGGAGAAGAAGGGGGAUGAGUACGUCAUCAACGGCCAGAAGAUGUGGAUAACCAACGGAGGGAAGGCCAACUGGUAUUUCUUGUUGGCGCGCUCUGACCCAGAUCCUAAAGCACCUGCUAGUAAAGCCUUCACCGGGUUCAUUGUGGAAGCUGACACCCCAGGAAUCCAUGUCGGAAAGAAGGAAUUAAACAUGGGCCAGCGAUGCUCCGAUACAAGAGGAAUUGUCUUUGAAGAUGUCAGAGUGCCUAAGGAAAAUGUUUUAAUCGCUGAAGGAGCCGGUUUCAAGAUUGCGAUGGGGGCUUUUGAUAGAACCAGACCUACAGUAGCAGCUGGUGCUGUUGGGCUAGGCCAGAGAGCUCUGGACGAAGCUACCAAGUAUGCCCUGGAGAGGAAAACGUUUGGAAAGCUGCUAGCAGAGCGUGCUGAGUGUGCCCUCACUACCUUCACACUCAUUACACCACAGCGUGCUGAGUGUGCCCUCACUCUGCCUUCACACCCAUUACACUACAGCGUGCUGAGUGUGCCCUCACUCUGCCUUCACACCCAUUACAUCACCUACAGCGUGCUGAGUGUGCCCUCACUCCCCGCCUGGACGCUGCUCCAUCCUGCCUCCCAGUUUUGUAAAAUAUAUCUUUAUGACUUAAACUGUUCUCAUCAAAUAGCAUUUCAGUUUGGUGCUACAGUAGAGUUUAGACUGUUGUCUGAGACGUCAAAUAAAUCCAGGUGUUUAAACCAAGUUAUGUUUUUCUUUCAGAUUUAUGAAGGUACUGCACAAAUUCAGAGGCUGAUCAUAGCCCGUGAGCACAUUGGAAAGUUUAAAAAUUAAAAGGAAUUGCUAUUGAAAAGAUGCUACAUCCUCAUGUAACUAAAUCUCAAGACACUGUUUAUGCUUAAGAGGGGGAAAGGGGCUUUAUCAUCUUUCCCAGGAAAUAAAAUAAAGAUGAGUCACGCA